UCUAUUUUAACAGUUAUUUUCGGUAACCAAAGAGACGCGAGCUUUUGCUAAAUUUUAAAACUUCUUGAUUUUAACGCGGGAGGGAAAACACAAAAUGACGCAUUUCAAUGCGACUGGCGCAAUGAUGCCUUUGGAUGAAUACUAUGAGCAGUGCGUAGUACCAAAACCCAGAGUACCACGCCGGUACUCUAGUAAUCCCAUCCCAAAGAGGUGCAAUCGUCAGGCGGGGAGGUUGCGAUCUUAUAAAGACGUAAGACAAGAUGAUGAGGAAGACGAAGAGGAUGAGGAUUUCCUGGACUCCGAACUGGUGUUAAAUGAUGAUGUCGACGGAUAUGGUGCCAGCGAGAUCCAUUCUAGUACGAGCCAAAAUAACUUUGAAAUUAAUGACUUUAACAAGGUGUUCUGCGAGGAGUCGUCCGAACCGGAACACACUAAAAAUUCUGCCCAAUGGCGUAUUUACGGCAACAACAUUAACCGGGCAGACGGAGCAGCUCCAUUGACUUCCAAUAACCAGGCACGUGAUCCUGUCAAGUCACGCCUUGAUCUUAGAGGUGGCUCUCGUUUCCGGAAUCAACACAAUCAGUGGCGCAACCUUAAAAACCUCAAGAAACGUAACGAGUUUCACCGUCGUCAGCAGCAGACUCAGGGAGCUAAGGAGCAGCGCCUGCGUACCCCCUAUAAUACCUUCAACAGCCAAACGAACCAAGCCAAACAGUCAGCUGACAUUGUAAUGACUAUAAGGAAUGAAUAUCAGUACACUAACAAUGUACCCAUUGAUCUCCAUACAAGCACCAAUCUAUACAACAGGACCAGCUCCAGUUCAAUCAGCUCUCUAAUCGAUUCGGUAUCCCGCAUUCCGGAUAAUCGCAUCAAUAAUCGUUUAGCCUCUGAAACCAUCUCGCACUCUCCGAAUCUCUCUAACGAAGUAUUUGCCGCAGGAGCGCCGGCUAAUUGUCUUCUCGAGCCGAGCCUGGACACAACCACGGCGGAUUCCGAGAGCAUUAAAGUCAGUAAAAUGGCACAUAACGUUCUGCUUUUGCUGAAAAGCGUCGCCCAGAAGACAGCUCAAGGGGAACCCUCUGAACUUUUUCAGAAUCUAGACUGGUUAAACGGGCUGAAAGAUGAGCCCCAAAAUGACUCGAUUCAGAAUGUAAGUGGACAGUACCAGCAGUAACGUUUUAACUAGACAGCGGACAAUCUAAAUUAAGUUUACGUUAAGUACCAGCUAAUGAUGUUUUAAAUCAAAUUCGUAGUAGGAUUGGCGCGAAAAUUCUGUUUGAAUUGCUAAUCCGGCAAGAAGAAGACUUCAAUGUGUACAAGUGAAUGGCAGAGAGUGAAUAGUCGCCAACGGAGUUUUUUUAUAUACAAUACAUAUUUCGGCUGAUAAGAACAGGCUGGGCCCCUUAUCAGCAAUGCACAACAAGAUGUACACACGGACGGGAGAGAUGUAAGAAGCGAAAGCGGACGAAAAUAGAAACAAACGGCGAUAAAUUUACAGCAAAUGCGAAUUUUCAUACAUAAGCGAUGUGUCAAAGAGGAAUAGAGUAAUAAUUAAUCAGUUAAUCUGCAAAAUCGCCGGAGAGUGGACGUGAAAAUGAUGAACGGAAACGGAUAGCAGUGAGCAGUGAUCGUAAAUCCGAAUAGGACUAACAAUAACCUCAACCUAUGUAUUCUGCUUGUCGAAUAUAGAGCACGGCCACUUAGUUAUUUGGUUUUUUUUGUUAGGUGCCGACAGCAGCCAAGAGAACAAAGAGCCAUCGAUUCUUCGUUUAGUAACUUUUAGAUCAGAAACUUGUCUUAAGCUACAUUCUUUUUUUUCAAAGAAUUUGAAAUAGACUUAAAUAAAUACCCUAAAUGUG